GUGCCUGAACUUGUAGGUAAUCACAGGAGGGCCAGAGUAAACAAUGAUGACCUCCCACGCAAACCCUCGUGGGAAGGCCGAUCGAAACGCGCGUCGUGAGACGAUUCGAAGUUCUCCUCUUCGACCCUGUAGUAUCGGAACUGCUCGGGAAGAGAGUUGCUUUCGGUAUCAAAUAUGAAAAAAUGAGCAAAUUUAGUGACCAGUAAAGAAUCCAAAAACUCCUCGAGUUCGCCAAAUUCAAACACGCACACUUCAUACGAUAACCUACUAGACGAGACAAGAAAAGUAUCGGUUUCGAUGAUGAUUGUUGCGUCACUAUAUUGUUUCGGGUGCCAACACUGUAAAAUUAGACCGUCUCGGUGACCUUGACUGUAAAUUACCCUAAAUAAACACCCGGUCAACGUUUUCCACACGAGGAAUUAAAAAAUGGCGUUUGGUUGCUUAAUUGAAUGUCGCGGCAUUUAUUUUCCCACUAACCAAACACGCCAGCGAGCUUUCUCGAAUCGAUCCACGGGAUACGGCCCGCCUGACAUGAUGAUGAAUUGAUGAUGGCGACGCAGUGGGCGAGGAGUGGUACAAAGUCAGCUCCUCAUCUUCUAGCUUCUUCUUCUUUGCUGCAAGCGGAGGACUCGCUGACUGAACGACCUUAUCUCUCUCUCUCUACACACGAAGCUGAAGGAAGUCAAGCACAAGUUCCCCGAUGGCCGCCGAUCUUGCUGCUGCGGCGACGACCGAGGUUGAUUACGAAGAACCGGAGGAGGCGACCGUGAUGAAGCUCCUGCGGCGGAGAUUGCUGUCUAAGGUUCCGCGCUAUCGGAACGGAAAUGGAUUCCUCGUCAACGGCGGGCAGUCUGUUACUCUAACCUUCCCCGGGACCGACUCUGCUCACAAUCCAAUUUCGGAAGGAAGCAGCAGCGGUGGCGGUGGCGGUGACGGAGGUGUGGCUGAUCCGUUGAACUGUAGUGUUUACUUGGAUGAACUCCAUGGUAAAUGGAAAUGCCAUCACUGCAACUGGACCUACUUCGUUGGAAGUUCGCGUUCUGGUGGGCUUGGAAACCAUCAAAAGUGGCGAUGCCGCCACUGCAAUUCGGACCCCUCCACCCAAAGCUUGUCGGUUAACCAUGGGGCUCCACGUUUCUCAUCUGAAAUCAAAGGUGCCGAAUCCAUCAAUGGAGCUGCUGAAAAGAAUGGGUUUUCAGUUAACGGCUUGAGACAUCAAUCUGAGGGCGUUCUGGAAAAUGGAAGGCUCUCUGCUUCAAGUCUAACAUCUUUGAAUGGCUCGGUGGAAAGAAGAAAGGGAGUUGCAGAAUCAGACGUUGAAAUGCUGUUAGAGAAGCAAGAUACUCAUGAUCUGUAUUGCCCUGACUGUAGUUCCUGUAUCACACAACGGGUUGUCCUGAAUAGAAGAAAACAGUAUACUCCAGACGGGCAUCUCAUACUGGAGGAAAACAAGCACUUCACUACUCCAAAAGGGAAUGCAAUUCUGGAGGAAAACGAGCAGUAUACCCGCCCCAAUGGGCAUGCAAAGCUGGAGGAAAACACGUCCAAAGCACCAUUCCACCCUCCUGUGCUCGAUGCUGAACCCACUCAUCCAGCCGAUGAUCAGGUUCAAUAUAUUGACAUUUCUGCAUACAAUGGUUCCAAUCCUGCGGCAGUCGACGACACUGAUGGUCAGCAGGAUGUUUUCAGAUGCUUAUCCUGCUUCAGAUUUUUCAUUCCCGAAGCACGAGCUAGUAGUCGCCCACAGCUUGGCAGCCAGAGGGCUACGGCUAAACCGAGAGGCGGGGGAGGUGGAGAGGGCUAUGGAUGGGAGAUUUUGAAGUGUGUAGUGUUUGGUGGCUUGAUCGAAUCAAUUACGAGCCUUGGCGUUGUAUCUUCUGCUGCUGGAGCCGGUGCUCCAACUUUGAACGUUUUAGUUAUGGGGCUGGCGAACGUAAUUGGCGGGCUCGUCAUCAUUACUAAUAAUUUGCUGGAUCUGAAACAGGAUCACACCAAAGCUACUACUUCAGAUAAUAACAACGAUGAAGCGGAGGAUCGCUACCAAACGACUCUGGGCAAGAGAGAGAACUUUGGAAUCCAUUUCAUGGCGGCCAUAUUAUCAUUUCUGGUAUGUGGGUUACUCCCUACAUUUGCCUACGGGUUCACAUUUCAGAGCAAGAUAAGCAGCAACGGCAACAAAGACGAGAAGCUGGCGGCAGCAGGAAGCGCUUCUCUUGUUUGCAUCAUUUUGCUGGCAAUUGCAAAGGCUCACACUCAAAAGCAGCAUCUGCAGCAGCAGCCCAAGGCUUACGCUGCAACAGUCCUUUACUUCUUCUGCAUAUGGAUGGCGACAUCGGGUAUAUGCUAUCUAGUUGGAGACCUAAUCAAGAACCUCAUCACGCCCGUGUAGUUUCCGUUUACAUUAUACAUGCGCUUU